UGCUCCACCGCGGGCCCUGGAGACGCGAUGGGGAAGAAGCAGGUGGUUAGCGAGGCUCAGGUACUGCUGAGCGGCCGGACUGCCGUCGUCUGUGGAGCCAUCCUGGUUGUGAGGGCCGUCGGGUUGCCUUUUCGGGAUGGGCGAGAUGGGUCGUUUCUGCGGGACUUGUGAGACGUGGACCACUAGGUGGGCUGGGUCCCGCUCGGUGGCAUUAGGGCCUCCUUCAGUCUUGUAUCAUUUUCAUGAUUCUGUUUGGAUGACGACCACAAUGGAUUGCAAAGUUGGAUAAAAACAAGUGCAUCCAACAUUUAAGCCUUGGGAAUCAGUGCCCUCUCAAGCAGCAUGAGAUAGCUUGCGAUAUUAAGUUGACUGCUAGGCACCUGUUUAGUUUUCAGUUCUGUUAAAGAUUUAUUUAUUCAGUUCUGUUAAAGAUUUACUUAUUUAUUAUUUAUUUAUUUAAGAUGUUUUGCCCACAUCUAUCUAUGUGCAUCACUUGUGUGCCUGGUUGUCAAAGAAGCCAGAAAGAGGCUGCCCGUUUGCCUGGAACCGGGAUCACUGAUGGCUGCGAGCUGCUUCGUGGGUGCUGGGAACCGAACUGAACUUCUGCAAGAGCAACAGCAUCCUCCACGAGCCCUUCCACCUGUGCCGAGUGCGAUUCAAGAAGAUGUACCACCUAGCCAUCCUAAGAAGAAGAAACCCAGAACGAAAAGCACGUUAGGUCCUGCUUCUUCAGAAGGCCUUGCUGAGCCCGUUGCUCAUAGGCGAUCUGAGAGCAGUGAACCACCAGCUGAGGAGCUCAAGGGACACCCAGAGGCUCCUGUUCCCAGGAGACAGAAGAAGAUCAGGCCGCCUCCUGAGUUGGAGACGUCCUUCAGUGAGAAGCCGUCCAGUCCAUCUUUACUGCGGAAUGAAAAUGGCAUCGAGGUGGAGCCGCCUGCGGAGGCCGUUCUUCCCAAACCGCGGAGGAAGGCAAAGAGAACCCAGCCAGCAGAACUACAGUAUGCUAAUGAGCUAGGCGUGGAAGAUGAAGACAUCAUUACGGAUGAGCAACGUACGCUAGAACAGCACUCUCGGUUCACGGCACCCACUGGCGUCAGCCAGCCUGUCGGCAAAGUAUUUGUGGAAAAAAGCCGGAGGUUUCACGCGGCAGACCGUUCGGAGCUGAUAAAGACCACAGAAAACAUAGACAUAUUGAUGGAUGUGAAGCCGUCCUGGACCACUCGGGAUGUGGCCCUCUCAGUGCACCGAGCUUUCAGGAUGAUUGGCCUGUUUUCUCACGGCUUCCUGGCUGGCUGUGCCGUGUGGAACGUUGUCGUGAUCUAUGUUCUGGCGGGAGACCAGCUGUCUGGCCUCUCCAACCUCCUGCAGCAGUACAAGCCCCUGGCGUACCCGUUCCAGAGCCUCCUCUACCUGCUCCUGGCUCUGAGCACUGUGUCAGCCUUUGACAGGACCGACUUUGCGAAAACCUCAGUAGCCAUCCGGAACUUCUUGGCCCUGGAGCCCACAGCUUUAGCUUCUUUCUUGUACUUUGCUGCUCUAAUACUGUCUCUGAGUCAGCAGAUGACAAGUGACAGGAUCCACCUGUACACGCCGCCUGCUAACGGGAGCCUCUGGGCAGCAGAAACCGAGGAGCAGAUUCUUGUGCCGUGGAUCAUCGUGAACCUGGUGGUGGCCCUUCUGGUUGGGUUAUCCUGGCUCUUUUUGUCUCACAGACCAGCCAUGGAUCUUAGUGAAGAGCUGAUGUUCUUCUCUGACGUGGAAGAGUGCCCUGAUAGGGGAAUCCAGGCAUCUUCAUAGUGCCGACACCGCCUCUGCAGCAAAGACCGCACUUCCUCGCUCUUGUUUUUAUAAGAUGUGUGCGUGCGUGUGUGCAUGUGUGUGUGUGUGUGUGUGUGUGUGCGUGUGUGCAAUUGAGCUUUUGUUAUAUGAUGCUGAAAGACUUGUGAAGAUUAUGAAAAACAUUUAAAUCGUAUCUGGUCUUUAUACCCAGCAUUAAUUUCUAUAGUAUUGUCUGCCACCUUAGCCACACAGGAGAUAAUGGGCUAAAAAAGCAGGGGGAAGUGUUUGAUCCUGUUCUCUCAAAUUUGCUAUAUUCAUAAUCAUAAUAAAAAGCACCAGUUUAGAAAAGCCAUAACUUCAGUGUUACAAAAUACACAUCACGUUCCAAUGUAAAUGUAGAGAAUAGGGUGGAAGGGGAAACACCUUCAUUUUGUAUUUUUUAGUCUCCUUAUUGAACACACUACAGUAUAAAAUCUGUGUUUUCUGAAUCUGAGUAUCAUGUAAUAAUUAUAAUUUGAAUUGAAAGAUAUUUUUCUUUAUGGCUAAUAAAACAGAUAUAUUUCCGUUUGAAAAG